AUGUCAAACGUAGAGGACACCUAUCAUAGUUCCUCAGAAACUCCGGAAAUAAAGUCUCCUACUCUGAAUGGGACGACUUCAGAUACAAAAGGAAAUCUUUCAGGUUCCGCCCUCAAGAGAAGAGCUGUUGCCUGCAAGUCAUGUCAUUCCCUCAAAGUCAAAUGCGUUCCGGUAGAUGUGAACGAUCCUGGAGGUCCCUGUAUUCGGUGUGAAAAGGCCAAAAGAGAGUGCAAAAUUGAUGUUAGUCAACUAAGAAAAAAGAAAACCAAAAAAGUUGAUAAACCAUCGACUUCCACCACAGAUUUAGAAAAAAAAGUAAUCUUUCUGGAGAAUGAACUACGGAAGCAAAAGGCCAUUAAUAGCAAACUGGGCUAUCACCCAGGAAAUACCGGGUCGAUACCGCAAGUUUAUCCCAUAAAUUCACCUCAGCAAUUUGGCAACGCAAGUGUUCACAGUGAUAACUCUUCAGCAGCAUCGCAAAACUAUAUCCCCCAGCAGCAAAAAGUCUAUCUGAAUCCCGAAGGAGCCUAUCAAGACGAGCUCAAUUUACUGGAUGAUAUAUAUAAUGCUGUGGAUCGACAAAAGAUUUCUGAAGUGCGUUCUCUUGCUGACACUCGGACAAGCUACCUGGAGAAUAGGUAUAGCAAGGAAAAAUACAAUGUUAUCAAACUGGGCAUAUUAACUAUCGAAGAGGCUGAAGAGAGACUGCAUGUCUUUAACACAAAAUUGCACAAGAAGUUUCCGUUUGUUGACAUACCGUUUUUUGCGUCCAUAGACGAGUUUAUGAAUGAGCAGCCUAUUCUGUUUAUCACUGUAAUGUCGAUAACUUCUAUGUGUGUUUCAAAAAGUGUCGAUCAGAAACAAAUGUACUUGGAUCAAUUAGCUAUCCAAGCCAUUACGGCGGAAAUUUUAAUUAUUGGAAAGAAGACAUUAGAGUUGUUGAAAUCACUAUUGUUACUGAACAUUUGGUACAAUACACCGGAACUGUUUGAUCAUAGACGAUAUCACAUCUUUAACUCUUUGUGUGAGGUAAUGGUCUCAGAUUUAGGGUUAACCAACUUGGCAAGUUAUUUUUUCAGUGGAGAGGAAGGUAUUGUCAAGAAGUCCCAAAGACUAAGCGAGAACGAUACGAUAGAAUGCAGAGCUCUGUUACUAAUGGUUUUUUCCACCUCUGUCUGUACAUCAUUGUUCCUUAGGAGGCCAAUUAGAGUUGUUUGGUCUGAAUAUUUGGAACAAUCUUGUGCAUUGCUUGAGUCAUCUAAUGAAUCCAAGUAUAGGUACAUUUCCCUCUAUGGGAGAUUGAACCACAUUCUAGAAAAAAUAUAUCAUGCAAUUCAUUCCCAUGAGGAUCCUAUAUCGUCUGAAUGCUCUUCUUCAAGAAUACGGUACACAAUUAACCAGGUGCAAUUAGAGUUAAACCAGAUUAAACUAAAGAUCAAUAAUGAUCCUUAUCUUGGAAUUUAUUACUACAGUGUGCAGGCAUAUUUAUACGAGCCAGAGCUACAGAAAUUUGCGACUAUCCACUCCUUGGUCCAAGGUUCAACACAGUUACCCCAUUAUGUUGUGAAUAGCAUCGAUCUUUGCGCUCAAUCAUGUUUUUCGGCUAUUCGACUAUUUUGUUCCCUUGCCCCAGAGGACGUGGCAGUCUUGCCAUUAUUCUACUCUUCAAGAGUCAUUUACACUUCUGGUAUGUUACUCAGGUUGAGAUACUUGACGUUCUGCAUUCCAUCCCUUUCCAAUAUUGGAAUUGUUCCUAAGGAGUAUCUUUAUGAGAUUAAGCGAUUCACUGAAGUGGUGGUUAAUAGUGCUCGUGAGCAUCCAGGUAAUGUCUUUUUGGGUAAGCAGGUGUUAAUUAUUGCGCUGUUUCUCAAGACUUCGAUUUCACAGGUUACCAAUUGGAGGCAAAUGAAGCUGAGCCUGCAAAUGGCCUCUAAUGUUGGGCACCAGAAACAAGAGCCAGAUCAGCAGGAGCCGUUACAUGAACGGUAUACUCCUGAAGUCACUACCAAUCAAGUUGAGCAGCAUACUGAAGCUCCUAAUAGGGCAUAUCUGACGUCUCCAACUACAUGGGCACCAAGAACUCAAUCUCAAGGAUACCACCCGGGUUCUCCGUUGGAAAUUCUUUCGAACGCUGCAGAGAUGCACGAUCUAAAUAAAAACUAUACUGAAGAAACUGAUACAAACAAACCAACAGACUUUCAGAAGCUUUUCAACAGCAAUGAUAUCAAUUCAUUUGAUCAAGAUCCCUCAGGGACGCAGUCGGACAAAAGUUUGGAAAUGUCAUACUGGGCUCUCAGCGAUGAGUUUUGGAGUGACUUACUAGUUCCUGCUGAUCUAAACAUGGCAGGACAUGUUUCAUCUGAGCCGGCCCCCAAAAGACUUUAA